CUGAGGCUGGAGAAGGCUGCUGCCCUGCCCUCCAGCCAGACACGCCAGGCUUUCAGCCCCAGCCCAUGGACCUGCGAGUGGGACAGCGGCCCACAGCGGAGCCCCCACCAGAGCCUGCACUGCUGGCCCUGCAGCGCCCUCAGCGCCUGCACCGCCAUCUCUUCCUAGCAAGCCUGCAACAGCAACAGCGCUCAGCUGAGCCCAUGAGGCUCUCAAUGGACUCGCCAAUGCCUGAGCUGCAGGGAGGACCGCAGGAACAAGAACUCCGACAACUUCUCAAUAAAGACAAGAGCAAACGAAGUGCCGUAGCCAGCAGUGUGGUCAAGCAAAAGCUGGCUGAGGUGAUCCUGAAGAAACAGCAGGCAGCCCUUGAGAGAACGGUCCAUCCCAGCAGCCCCAGUAUCCCCUACAGAACUCUUGAACCCUUGGACACCGAAGGUGCUGCCCGCUCUGUGCUUAGCAGCUUCCUGCCUCCUGUCCCCAGCCUGCCCACUGAACCCCCGGAACACUUUCCCCUGCGUAAAACGGUGUCUGAGCCCAACCUGAAGCUACGCUAUAAGCCUAAGAAAUCCCUGGAGAGGCGGAAGAAUCCGCUGCUCAGAAAGGAGAGUGCCCCGCCCAGCCUUCGGAGGAGGCCCGCAGAGACGCUUGGAGAUUCCUCCCCCAGUAGUAGCAGUACACCUGCCUCGGGGUGCAGCUCCCCCAAUGACAGCGAGCACGGCCCCAACCCUGCCCUGGGCUCAGAGGCGCUCUUGGGCCAGCGGCUGCGGCUGCAGGAGACUUCUCUGGCCCCGUUCGCUUUGCCGACAGUGUCCUUGCUGCCCGCAAUCACACUGGGGCUGCCUGCCCCUGCCAGGGCUGAUGGUGACCGCAGGACCCAUUCGACUUUGGGCCCUCGGGGUCCUGUCCUGGGGAACCCCCAUGCUCCUCUCUUCCUGCACCAUGGUCUGGAGCCAGAGGCUACAGGCACCUUACCCUCUCGCCUGCAGCCCAUUCUCCUGCUCGACCCCUCCGUCUCUCAUGCCCCACUGUGGAAUGUGCCUGGGCUUGGACCCCUGCCCUUCCACUUUGCCCAGCCCUUACUGACCACCGAGCGGCUCUCUGGGUCAGGCCUCCACCGGCCACUUAACCGGACCCGCUCAGAACCCCUGCCCCCCAGCGCCACUGCCUCCCCUCUCCUGGGCCCCCUGCAGCCCCGCCAGGAUCGGCUCAAACCUCAUGUCCAACUGAUCAAGCCAGCCAUCUCCACUCCCCAGAGGCCUGCCAAGCCCAGUGAGAAGCCCCGACUGCGGCAGAUACCCUCAGCUGAGGACCUAGAGACAGAUGGUGGAGGAAUGGGACCUGUGGUGAACGGCAGCCUGGAGCACAGGGAGUCAGGCCUCGGGCCUCCUGAGAGCAGAGGCCCCGGUUCUCUGCAGCAGCACCAACAGGUGCCACUCUGGGAGCAGCAGCACCUAGCUGGACAGCUCUCUCAGGGAAGGCCCAGGGAGUCCGCGCUGCUACCUCUGGCCCAGGUCGGACACCGGCCCCUGUCCAGAACCCAGUCUUCCCCAGCGGCACCUGUCUCCCUGCUGAGCCCAGAGCCUACCUGUCAGACCCAAGCCCUCAACAGCUCAGAGAGGCCCGCCACAGGCCUGGUCUAUGACUCCGUGAUGCUGAAGCACCAGUGUUCCUGUGGAGACAACAGUAAACACCCGGAGCACGCGGGUCGCAUCCAGAGCAUCUGGUCCCGGCUGCAGGAGCGGGGUCUCCGCAGCCAGUGUGAGUGUCUCCGAGGCCGGAAGGCUUCUCUAGAGGAGCUGCAGUCGGUCCACUGUGAAAGGCACGUGCUCCUCUAUGGCACCAACCCACUCAGCCGGCUCAAACUGGAUAACGGGAAGCUGACAGGACUCCUGGCACAGCGGACGUUUGUGAUGCUCCCCUGCGGUGGGGUUGGGGUGGAUACUGACACCAUCUGGAACGAGUUGCAUUCCUCCAAUGCAGCCCGCUGGGCCGCGGGCAGUGUCACUGACCUUGCCUUCAAAGUAGCAUCCCGAGAGCUAAAGAACGGUUUUGCUGUGGUGCGGCCCCCAGGACACCAUGCGGAUCAUUCUACAGCCAUGGGCUUCUGCUUCUUCAACUCCGUGGCCAUCGCCUGCCGACAGCUACAACAACAAGGCAAGGCGAGCAAGAUCCUCAUUGUUGACUGGGAUGUUCACCAUGGCAACGGCACGCAGCAAACUUUCUACCAGGACCCCAGUGUGCUGUACAUCUCCCUGCAUCGCCAUGACGAUGGCAACUUCUUCCCAGGCAGUGGGGCUGUGGAUGAGGUGGGGACUGGCAGAGGCGAAGGCUUCAACAUCAACGUGGCUUGGGCUGGGGGCUUGGAUCCACCCAUGGGGGACCCUGAGUACCUAGCCGCCUUCAGGAUAGUGGUGAUGCCCAUCGCCCGAGAGUUUGCUCCAGACCUGGUCCUGGUGUCUGCUGGGUUUGAUGCUGCGGAGGGUCAUCCAGCCCCGCUGGGUGGCUACCAUGUUUCUGCCAAAUGUUUUGGGUACAUGACACAGCAGCUAAUGAACUUGGCAGGAGGAGCAGUGGUGUUGGCCUUAGAGGGUGGCCACGACCUCAAAGCCAUCUGCGAUGCCUCUGAGGCCUGUGUGGCAGCUCUUCUGGGCAACAAGGUGGAUCCCCUCUCAGAAGAAGGCUGGAAACAGAAACCCAACCUCAAUGCCAUCCGCUCUCUGGAAGCUGUGAUCAGGGUGCACAGGAAAUACUGGGGUUGCAUGCAGCACUUGGCCUCCUGUCCAGACUCUUGGCUGCCCGGAAUGCCAGGAGCUGAUGCAGAAGUGGAAGCUGUGACCGCAUUGGCAUCCCUCUCUGUGGGCAUCCUGGCCGAAGAUAGGUAAUGCCAGACUUU